ACGCAACUGCACCGAGCACUUCCGGAGCUAGGAGACUGCUUCGCCGGAGGAAGCCGCGCGGGCCUUGACCGGCGUCGGCCCGUAGCCUCGGCUCCUGCCGCCGCGCCGAGUCCGAGUCCUUUGGCCCGGCGCAACGCAGACCGGCCUGCCCGGGCUCGGCGGCCGCGUGGCCGCGGCUCCCGAUGGAAAUCAUAUGACAGAAAAUUUGGGUGACAUCUUUCUAAAAGAAUUUCAAGAAUUACAGAAGACAGAACACUAAUGCAUUUGAGAAGGUGGUAAAGUGUGGGGGGAGGGGGAAAAUCCUACUUUCCUGAUCUGCAAUUUGGCUGGAUGCUAAGAUGUCUGUGGACAUGAAUAGCCAGGGAUCUGACAGCAAUGAAGAAGACUAUGAUCCAAAUUGUGAGGAGGAGGAGGAGGAGGAGGAAGAAGAAGAGGAUGAGGACCCUGGGGACAUAGAGGACUAUUAUGUGGGAGUAGCCAGCGAUGUGGAACAGCAGGGAGCGGACGCCUUUGAUCCUGAGGAAUAUCAGUUUACCUGUUUGACCUACAAGGAGUCGGAGAGUGCCCUCAACGAGCAUAUGACCAGCUUAGCCUCUGUCCUAAAGGUAUCUCAUUCAGUUGCAAAACUUAUAUUAGUUAACUUCCACUGGCAAGUUGCAGAGAUUUUGGACAGAUACAAGUCUAAUUCUGCUCAACUGCUUGUUGAAGCUCGAGUUCAACCUAAUCCAUUGAAACAUGUUACCACAGCCCAUCCCCCUCACCAUUGUGCAGUGUGUAUGCAGUUUGUGCGGAAGGAAAACCUACUCUCUUUGGCGUGUCAGCAUCAGUUUUGCCGCAGCUGCUGGGAGCAGCACUGCUCUGUGCUUGUGAAGGAUGGUGUAGGUGUGGGAGUCUCUUGUAUGGCUCAAGACUGUCUACUGCGAACACCAGAGGACUUUGUUUUUCCAUUGCUGCCCAAUGAAGAAUUAAGAGACAAAUACAGGCGCUACCUCUUCAGGGACUAUGUGGAGAGUCAUUAUCAGCUCCAGCUGUGCCCUGGUGCAGACUGCCCCAUGGUUAUCCGAGUACAGGAGCCCAAAGCUCGCCGUGUACAGUGCAAUCGGUGCAACGAGGUCUUCUGUUUCAAGUGUCGUCAGAUGUAUCAUGCUCCCACAGACUGUGCCACAAUCCGGAAAUGGCUCACGAAGUGUGCAGAUGACUCUGAAACAGCCAACUACAUUAGUGCUCACACUAAAGACUGUCCCAAGUGCAACAUCUGCAUUGAGAAGAACGGAGGCUGCAAUCAUAUGCAAUGCUCCAAGUGUAAACACGACUUCUGCUGGAUGUGUCUAGGAGAUUGGAAGACCCAUGGCAGUGAAUACUAUGAAUGCAGUCGGUACAAGGAGAAUCCUGACAUUGUCAACCAGAGCCAGCAAGCCCAAGCCCGGGAAGCCCUCAAGAAGUACUUGUUCUACUUUGAGAGGUGGGAAAACCACAACAAGAGCUUGCAGCUAGAGGCCCAGACAUACCAGCGGAUUCAUGAGAAGAUUCAGGAGAGGGUCAUGAAUAAUCUGGGGACAUGGAUCGACUGGCAGUAUCUACAGAAUGCUGCUAAACUUUUGGCCAAGUGUCGAUAUACCCUGCAAUACACCUACCCAUAUGCAUACUACAUGGAGUCUGGACCCAGGAAGAAGCUGGCCCUGCCCCGGCUACAGUCCCCUCUCCUUUUGACACUCCUGCUCUACCCAUACAGUUUGAAUACCAGCAGGCUCAGCUGGAGGCUGAGAUUGAAAACCUGUCAUGGAAAGUGGAGCGUGCAGACAGCUAUGACAGAGGGGACUUAGAGAACCAGAUGCACAUAGCAGAGCAGCGGAGGAGAACCCUGCUGAAGGAUUUCCAUGACACCUAGAUUGGGACGUGGACAUGCUGGAACGAGGAAGAUGUGGCUGCAAAGUCUCCCGGCUGCCAUACUGCAUGCUGCAGGCUCUGCCUUUCACGACCCGGGCAACAGCCAGGGCCCCACUCCUGAGAGACACUGGCCGCACACCUCUUAGUCAGUUUCUGUUUUCUUCUCAUCUUUCACUUUUUGUUUAUACCAGGGUGGAGACUAUGUUGAAUUGGUCUCUUUUCAGGAGUUUUAAUUCCCCCUGGAUGGUUAUUGGGAGGGAGGGAAAGUUUUUCUGAAUGACUAUUAAUAGUAUUAGAUCAUUACAACUUAAUGUAAUUUUUAAAGGUUGUUCAAUUAUACAAAAAGGGGGCAAUCAAACCAUAGAAUUACAUAGAACCCUUUUCAAAAAUAAAUUGGCGUUGGAGUGUUUUA